AUGCACAUGUUAAAAUUCUGUAAAGAACCUCUACAGUCACUCGAUCUAACAGCUCUUGCAGUCACUCAAUCCUACAGUUACACCAUCCGACACCUCCCGAAUUUCGCACUGAGCGACAGCUUUGAUAACGAUUCAACAGCAGCGAAGCGGCAAUACAGUCCUACAGAAGAGAAAUUGGGUUGGUCGUCACCCGGUUACAAAUCAGUGCCACUUAAAAUUAGUAAGCAGCUGAUAAUCAUCUACGGUCCACAACCACUUCGAAAUUCAGCAAAAUCGGAAUUUUUCAUGUCAUUAAGUGAAGAUGGCGUGUACCGUUAUGUCCCAAAGAUUGGUGGGAAAAAAGUGCUAGUGAAAGUAUUGGAAGAGAAAGGAUAG